GCACACCUCCAAUAUUGCCCACCAAUUCACCUUACAAAUAUAAUAAAUAGAAACAUGCAAGCCGCCGGCGACAGGCCUCACGCCGCUCUUCUGGCGAGCCCCGGGAUGGGCCACCUCAUCCCCGUCCUGGAGCUCGGGAAACGCCUCGUCACCCACCACGACAUCCACGUCACCAUCUUCGUCGUCGCCACCGACGCCGCCACCACCGACUCCCUCCUCAAAUCCUGCCCCGCAACCAUCACCAACCUCUCCAUCGUCCCCCUCCCGGCCGUCGACGUCUCCAGCCACGUCGAGCCCUCCGACCACAUCGUCACCAAGCUCCUCGCCAUGAUGCGCCACUCCAUCCCCAACCUCCGCUCCGCAAUCUCCGCCAUGCCCACCCCGCCCACCGCCCUCGUCGUCGACAUCUUCGGCACCGGAACUUUCCCCCUCGCCGACGAGCUCGGCAUGCUCAAGUACGCAUUCGACACCACCACCGCCUGGUUCCUCGCCACCGCCGUCUACGGCUCCUCCGCCGAGGACGCGGUGGCGCGCCACAUCGGCUCGAAAACCCCGCUCGAGGUACCCGGGUGCAGACCGGUCCGGUUCGACGACACGCUCGACUCGUACCACGUGAUCGGGGACCGGGUCUACCACGACUUCCAGCGCGUCGGGGUCGAGUUCACGACGGCCGACGGCAUCCUGGUGAACACGUGGGAAGAAAUGGAAGGGAAGACCCUCGACGCGCUCCGGGACCGGAAGGCCAUGAAAAACAUGGUCAAGGCCCCGGUCUAUCCGGUCGGACCGCUGGUCCGACCGUCGCCUCCGCUCGAGACCACCGAGCCAAACGACGCCGUGCUGUGGCUCGACGAGCAGCCCGACCGGUCCGUCAUCUACGUGUCGUUCGGGAGCGGCGGGACCCUCCCGCUUGCCCAGCUGGUCGAGCUGGCGUGGGGGCUCGAGCUCAGCGGGCAGCGGUUCGUGUGGGUGGUCCGCCCUCCUCCAGUCGAGGAUGAUGACGUUUCCGCCACUUUCUUCUCCCUGGGAAACGGAUCCCAGAGAGGAUCCCACCACGGGUACCUCCCCGAGGGAUUCCUGUCCCGCACUCGGGACAGGGGACUCGUGGUGCCCAUGUGGGCCCCGCAGGCAGAGAUUCUGGCUCACUCUGCGGUGGGCGGGUUCCUGUCGCACUGCGGAUGGAACUCGACACUGGAGAGCAUCACGAACGGGGUGCCGAUGGUGGCGUGGCCGCUGUACGCGGAGCAGAAGCUGAACGCCGCCCUGCUGACGGAUGAGCUCCAGGUGGCGGUGCGGCCGGAGAGCGACACCGCCGGCAGCAUGGUGAAGAGGGAGGAGAUCGAGAAGUUGGUGAGGAGGGUGAUGGUGGCGGAGGAGGAAGAAGGGAAGGCGAUCAGGGAGAGGGUGGCGGGGUUGAAGGAGAGCGGCGAGUGGGCGUUGAGCCGGAAGUUGAAGGGCUCGUCGUACAGCGCGCUGGCGCAGGUGGCUAGGGAACUCGAGUUGAACCACCAGCGGCUCGUCGCUAAAGCUCAAGGCGGCGGAAGGUGGGACCCAGAGAAUUUGCGCGACACGUACCGACGUGCAAGAAUGUGGGAGUGCUUGCCUCUAUCUUUUUUCUGGUCGAACCUUGUCUUUUCCCUAAGAGGGAGAGAAAAGAAUAUAUGAUGAUAUAUAUUUUCAGACGGUUCUAGCUAUGAAUCAAUCGAUGAUUGUUAUUGUGAGAGAGAAAUAUUAUAUACUAUAUUACUAUAUGUACGUACUGUAGAUCCGUAUUACGUGGGAGUAUGAUUUUGGUUUGGUUUGGUUUGGUUUGGUUUAUACAAGUGAAAGAUUGUCUGGAGAUUAAUUACUAUGGUAUUAUAUGUAUGCUUGUCUCGUUAGCCUUAUCAUUUGGUUAUAUAUAUAAAUAUGUAACACACAGGCAAUUGUGCUCGAUCGGCUCAGUUGUGCUUUCUCCAACAAAACAUCUCCUUUCACGUUAAAAUACCUAAUGUCAACUUUUUAAAGUAUUUUUUUUUUCUCAUCAAUGACAUUUGAUUCUUAUUCAUGUAAUAUUAUGGUUAUUCACGUAAAUGGAAAAUCAGAUUUUUUCCCAUUAAUAAUUGUAUUGACUAUAAUUUAUGGAAUUAAAUUUGGAUUCUCAAUAAAUUUGUAAAAAUGUG